AUGGGAAGCAUGCCUGAGCUACAUGUUGUGAUUGUUGGUGGAGGCAUUGCAGGUCUCGCAACUGCUUUUGCUCUAAGACACCCCAAUAGACGCAUUACUGUGCUUGAGCGCUCUCGUCUACUACGCGAGGUCGGCGCUUUAAUCUCGCUACAGCCCAACGCAAGCAAGAUCAUCACCAAGUGGAAACUUGAUCCCUUCCUUGAGAGUGCCGAGCCUCAAGCCGAUCAGGGCUUCAGAAUCUUUGAUGCAGAUGGAAAUUUGGUGAGAGAACUGCCCUUCCAGAAGGGACAGUUCGGUGCCGAGCGAAUGCUUUAUCACAGACAAGAUUUGCAAGCGGCUCUGGGAACUGCAGCAGCAAGCAAAGAGGCGUAUGGCAAUCCUGUAGAUGUUCGCACAGGUUGUCAAGUCGCGAGUGUCGACUGUGAUGAGGGCAUUGUGACACUGGACUCGGGCGAGAAGAUUCACGGCGACCUCAUCAUUGGCGCCGAUGGUAUUCAUAGUGUUGUGAGAACUGCUGUGGUAGGCGAGAAGAGGAAUGCUCUGCCGACUGGCACGUCAGCUUAUCGAAUGCUGAUCCCAACUGAGAAUCUGGAGGGGCUCUCUCUACCAAACCAACUCCUGGACCCCCGAGUGCCCAAGACAACCAUGAUCAUGGGUUAUGAUCGAAGAGUGAUUAUGGGACCUGGUAGAAACAGCAAGCUCUAUGGUAUUGUUGCUUUGGUACCAGACGAAAAGCUUGCAGAGGAGAGCUCAGACAGCUGGGUAGCUCCUGGAAGCAUUGAGAAGUUGUUAGAAGCUUAUUCAGACUUCCCUCCGUGGCUCCACGAUAUCUUCAGAGCAGCUCCAGACAUCGGCUUGUGGCAGCUCAGAGAUAUCGAUCCUCUGCCACGUUGGGUAAAGGGUCGAACCAUCCUGAUUGGUGACGCUGCACAUGCCAUGCUUCCUACUCAAGGCCAAGGUGCAUCACAGAGCAUCGAGGAUGCGGAGGCUGUCUGCGCGUUCUUGGCCAACGUCCAAUCGAGGGACGAGGUCGGCACUGCUUUGGAAAGAGUCUUUGCUGCCAGAUAUGAUAGAGCAUCUCUGAUCCAGAAGUUUAGCAGGGAGCAGGCGAAGCCAGCAACUGAUGGGGUGAGUAAGAAGGUGAAUCUUGAUCCUGCUCAGUUUAUGAGAUACAAUUGUGAUUAUAACGGAGCUGAGGACUGGGAAGAGCGUCAGAAGAAUGGAACCGCCAACCCUUAA